GAGUUUGUAAGGUUCUUUCACAUGGUAACAUUUGACUUAUAUUUAGGAACAAGGACAUGCUUGAGGAAAACUGAGAAAUGGCACUCAAAAGCUGUAUGAUUUGGAUUAUGUCCAUAUUUCUACUGUGGAGUUUGGGAAGUGGCAGCACUAAUGAUCCACCCAGUGCCCAUAGCGGUGGAAGUGGCAGCGCUGUGGGUAAAAUUUUGGACGGAAACUGCACGAGCCUCAAUGAAAUGUAUUUUGUCGUGGUGAAUGUUACAAGCCUGUUCAUCACAAACAACUCCACCUUAGCCUUUUGCAAUGGCAGUGGAGAAAUUUCAACAAUAUCCGUCCGACAUGAAACGUUCCCAUGUAAACUGAAAUGGAGAAUCCCUGAAGUUCAUGCCAGUGGCUCUCUGCUUCUGUCAAAACAGCUCACCCGCAAACAUUUGACUAUCUACCAUCUGAGAGGACAGAACUGCAGUAACCAUGUCAAUUUCUCUGAUACAAAUUCCCUGUCCUCACUCCCAGAAGAAUGUCAUUUUCAAACAAAUGGAUUCAAAUGUGACAAAGCCGCCUACAAUUCCAGCCUAUGCAAAAGUAACUAUCCAGACAUUGACGACUCAUUUAUUGUGAACAUAAGCACACGGGCUUGUUUUAACUGCAACAACCCAAUAAAAAAACCUGAAGCAGUGUUGAAUUUGCCUAUGGCCCCACCAACUGAAACUGACAAACCACUGGACCCUGAAUUAGCUAACGAGGUGAUGAAUUUAUUCACCGCUGAUUAUGUGAAUAACAUCAGUGAGUCAUCUGUUGCCUUGAUGAUGGGACCAAGCAUCACUGGAGUUUUAAUGAAGCAGGUGGACCCCGCGGACAUGGAGGAGGUAUCCUUCGGCUACACCAAAAUCAACGAGACCUUCAAUAUUCUAGAAGAGAAAAACAUUCUCUCUAAUUUUUCUCGAUCUGUAACUGUGUCUAAAGAAGCUUUUGAGCUGGCCAAGAGUUUGAAUAUAAGUGAACCAUUUGCUGCAGUUUUCCGUUUUCUUAAUAUUGCCAAGGAUGAGUGUAACAGCACUGUCUUGGGCGACGAAGUUAUAGCAAUUGAGAUGGGAGCUGUUAUCAAAAACCUGACUGAUACAAUAAACAUCAACUUUAAGAAUUUUCACUACAACGGAACGCCAACAUGUCACUCUUGGAACGGCAAUGGAAGUAUGCCAAAUUGGAGUAAUGAUGGCUGCGAGACAGUCAUCGAGGGCAUUAAUAUAACGUGCAGGUGUACUCACAUGACCUUUUUCGCUAUUUUAAUGACGCCCCUCAAUGAAACCCUCAGCAGCUUCGACCUGAACACCCUGACCACCAUCACUCGGGUCGGCUGCGGCGUCUCCAUGUUCUUUCUGGGCAUCAUUCUCUUCAUGCACUUUAUCAUGAGGAGGGGCAAUUCUAGCAACUCCACCAUUAUCCUCAUCCACCUGGUGAUUGCCAUGUUCCUGCUCGUCUUCUCUUUCCUCGUGAAUGACUUUGUGGCAAAAACCAAAAAUUCUGUUGGUUGUACGAUUAUGGCCGCUUCCAUGCAUUAUUUCAUGCUGACCACUUUUACCUGGUUCGCGGCACAUGCCUUCCACCUCUGUCUGCAGCUCUACUCCGGCGGGAAAGUACAGAUCCAACGCUACGUACUUAAAGUCGCCGUUUUCAGCUGGGUGAUGCCCAGUAUAAUCAUAAUCACCCUGCUGGGUCUUGGAAAAUACGGAGAAAUGACAAUCAGAACUGAAAAUACUGCAACAAGUGCGUCCAUGUGUUGGAUCCUUGACAAUGACGUCCACUACAUUGUCAACAUCGGCUACUAUGCUCUGGUGUUCCUCUUCACCUUCUCUACUUUGAUCCUCAUGCUGACCUGGCUGUAUUGUAUGAGGCAGACCCAGAAAGCUGCCCAGGUGAAGAGCGGCUCCACUUGCCAGAAGAUCACCAUCAUCAUGGGCCUGUGCUGUAUUCUGGGCGUGACUUGGAGCUGUGCCUUCUUUGCCUAUGGAGUCUUCCGUGUUCCUGCUUACUACUGUUUCUCAAUCUUCAAUUCAUUCCAAGGUUUUUGUCUGUUCAUCUACUACUACAAGAUGAGCCGCAUUGUGGAGAGUAAUGACCCCAGCAGCGCCAGCACCAACAGCAGCAGCACUCUCAAGACAAACCUGGAUGAAAUCUUCAACCCUUACGACAACUACGGCACUAAACCCAAGCCAGAGUGACCUUAGUGACCUACAAUCACAAAUUAUUUUAGUAAACUUAUAAACCUGCUUUUUUUUUUUCUUUCUGGCAAACAAUUAUUUCUAUUAUGCAUUUUCUUUAAUCUAAUACACACUGAAAUAUGGUGACUGAAGGCUAGUUAAAGAAUAUUUGCAGAUAAAUAUUUUUGGAUAUGAUUUACAAAUAGUUCAUUUCAUUUUUAUUUAAUAAUUAGGGAUGCCCCGAUAAGAUCUGGUACCAGAGAUCCCUGCCAACAUUGAAAAUUUGCAUACUGGUGUAAUAAGACAAUUUACUGGCCCAAAACACCUUGUAUUAUUGAACUUGGGUUUUUUCCAAAGCUGUUCUGUGGUUACUAUAAAAGUUUCAUAACACAUUUAGGUAAUAGUUAACCAUGCACCAUUUGUGCUCAAAGAAAAUAAACAAUAUUUUUAGUCUUUGCCCUAGGAUAGGUUGAUAUCGAGUAUCAGAACAGAAAAAAACUAGAUCAGUGCAUCCAUUUAAGUAAUGCCACAGUCUUUGUUAUGAAAGGUAUGUGUUUUGGAGUCUAUAUAGUCCAGAUAACGAUAAUCAAAAUAUUAUUCAUUAUUAAUACAUAUUAUUAAUUGCUGUAUAUGUACUAUUUAGUGUGUGUAUGCAACUUGUACUAUAUUAUAUGAGGGUUUAUUAUUAUUUUUAAAUCCAAGUUAAGCUUACACCCUUAAAUUCACCAUCCCUUCCUUUACAAAUUCUGGCAUCAAACAUAAACAGUCUACUCCUUCAUAAUUAUAUUAAUUUCAAGUUCUCAAUAGAAGGUGUACAAAAUGUUUAUUACAAUAAUUUUAAAAACAUACACAAGUGACAUUUUUUUUUUUUCUCUACAAAAGGAGUGCCUCUGCCUCAUUAAGAGCCUUUUCCAGAUCAGCAGCCUCCACAGCAAAGCUCUCCCUCUCCUGCCUCAUCUGCUCUUGUGCUUUUGUCAGCUCACACAAUGUUGACUGAAUUUCCUAAAGAACAACAGACACACAUAUAUUUAAUUAUAUAAUGCUGAUGAGGGGUAAAUUUUUGUUGUAAUUUGAAUUUUACCUGUAAUCUGCUACAUUGCUCUGUCGCAAUAUCAGCAAACGUCUUCAGUUCGUUAAGGAGUUCUGUUGAGACGGUCUAAAUUAACAGAGAAAUGUGGUCAAAAAUAUACUUCAGUUUUUAGCAUAGACUGUAGGUUUAUAGAUUAUAUUGUAGAUGUGUUUAUGAGUAAUCUGUUAUUAUCAGUUCAAUGCUAAUUCCAUUCUCUAAUAUAUAAAUGUUAAUACUUUUGAUUUGGUUCAUGAUUGAUGUUAAUAAUGAUUUAAUGUUAAUAUAUUGUUAUAUAUAUGUAAGACUUUAGGCACUGUGCAAACUGAGUGAAGUGCUCUUUUAAAGGUUUGUAAUGAAACAUGGCAGUGGAUGUUUAAAAAUCAUUUCUAUUUAUUUUUUAAACUUUUAUUAUACUAUUUUUUUUGUUAGAGCUGUGCAGUGUGUAGUAGACUGUAAAUGUGUUAAAAUUAUAAUUUUAUAUAAAAAAAAUAGAGCUUAUCAGCCAUCGACUGCUAACAUAUGUUACAGUGGGAAAUCAGGCAUUCUGCAGAAUCUCUACCAAAGUUAACUGUCUACAAACAUACAAAAUUGUGCACACUUAAUUGGACUGGACACAAAAGGGGUUAAGGCUACGUUUAUACGAUGACGGUCUGAACAGAAGACGCAAAAGUGGUGCAGCGUUCUCAUUUUUUUUUUUUUCACAUUUAGAUGAGUGUUUUGGGGAGGAAAUCUGCAUGCAUACGGUGACGCAAAAGUGUGUGGAAUUCGAAUGGACAUGCAUGCCAUUCGACAUGUUCAUUUCUGUGUACUGUAUGUAUGUGACGUAAACGCGCACGCGACCUGAGCAGAUCUGACCAGAGUUUUGCGUCUUGGGCAGUGUAGACAGAAAUGCUAUGGCGGAGCGUAUUCAACUUUUCCACUCUGGAGGGUGGUUUUAGAUUUUUGCAUUUUUAAGCCCCAAAAUCACCAUCACCAUCUAAACAAAAGGCUCUUCCGAUAAAAUAUUUUGUUGUUUUUACUGGUAAGCUUUCCCAUGUAAACAGGCCCUAAGUAGUGUUACGUUUCUUGGGAAGCUUUAGAUCCUAAAAGCAGUGCUACCAUGACAGAAAAAUACUAAAGUAAAUCAAAAUUGGUGAAGUCAAAAUUUAACUGUAUAAUUUAUGUACUCUAAAUGUCAAAAAAAUUUCUUCUUGUAAUCGCAAUGUCAUGUCUUGUCUCAUUUUGUGGAAAUUAUCUCUCAUCCCAUCCCUGUAGUACAGGUUAAAUUUAGUCUUGGUCAGAGGUUCUUGCCAUUAGGAGUAUGUUAACAAAUAUGAAUAUGUUGAUGUUCCAAUCUAACAAAAAUCUUGCCUUUUAUGAAAUAAACAGUCAAACUGAACUUUACCUAGAGGACAAUUGGCAUCCCAUACAAUGCCUAGGCAAAGUAGAUAAAACAUCUAUUUCCUAUUUUGCCGAAAAACAUUCUAAAAAUGCCUGGAUUAUCAACUUUGUCAGUAACAUAUGAAUAUCGGUAUUUGCAAUGAAAAAACCUGUAUCAGUCGAUCUCUAAUUAAAAAAAAGACAUUGUGGGUGAAAACUGAAAAUUACUUGCAGAAUCUACAAAUUAACUGAUUAAAUUAACAGGACGUGCUAUAUUAAUGUAGACAGAAUGAACUGAAUGAAAAGGUUUGUUUUGAUUUUCAAGUACACAGUUUGAUAUUUAGUAGUAUUUAUAGAUAUUACCAGAAGAUUUUAUGUAUACAACUUAAAUAAAAAUAAAUAUGUACCAUUA